AUGAAAAAGUCGAAUGUUGACCAACAAAUAUCGCACCAUUACAAUAUUACUGCAACAAUAUCCACUCCUUCAAUUUUAACAGUAACAACAGCUGCAAGCUGUUAUACAAAUUUGUAUAACACAAAGCGAACAACAAUGACAAAGCAAUUAUCAAUUAACAAUGCACCGCCAGCUGUAAUCCCAUCAUCAGCAACAUCAUCAUCGUCAUCAUCAUCGUCAUCGUCAUCGUCAUCAAGUGCAGCCAGCAAAAAUGAUGCUUGUAAUGCUACAACACAAUCAAAUACGCGCAUAAAUGCAUUUGCAAGCACCAAUUACUCUCCAACUAUCAUAUCACCGACUUCGGUUUCAACGACAAUCGUAAACAACGUCGCCGCCGCUAAACUGGCUCAACAAAACUCUGUGACACCAAUAAUACUGGCAAAGACUGUUAACAGCAGUUGUGUUAAUAAGCCGCAGGUUACAACAAAUACAAUAACAACAACGACAACAACAACAGUGACUCUUACAUCGUCAUCAUCGUCGUCGUCCAACGAUGCCAAUGGUCGUUCAGCUGCUUUGGAGCGUGCCUACGUGCACGAUGUCUAUGAGAAUUGUGAAGAACCGACGGGUUCGUUAAGACCCCGUGUUGCACAGUUCCUCAGCAAUCUUGAGAUAGGCGCCGUGGUGUGCGACGUCGGUUGCGGUAGUGGUCGCUAUUUAACUCAACGUAAUCCUUCAAUAUGCACUAUUGGCGUAGACCGCUGCUAUCGCCUAAGUCGCGUGGCCAAAGAGAAGGGCGGUGAGGUUGCACUUUGCGAUAACCUCGAAUUACCAUUUCGGGAUGAAUCUUUUGAUGCUGUAUUGUCACUAGCUGUGAUUCAUCAUUUCGCCACCACGGAGCGGCGCGUAAAUGCGUUGCGGGAAUUGGCUCGAAUUUUGCGUGUAGGUGGCCGCGUUGUUAUAACUGUCUGGGCUUUGGAACAAAAGCAUAGGCGCUUCGAAUCACAAGAUGUUCUCAUACCCUGGCAACCGCCAAAAAAUAGAAAUUUGAAUUGCUCCGAUGACGAGGAAGACGAUGACUUUCUGGCUCCCUAUCAUGCCUACACUGAAGAUUCCAAUUCAAGUCGUUCAGCUGGUGAUGGCGAUAGUUCUAGUUUGUCUUCCUCGUCACCAGGCGAAUCGUGUUAUAGCUUCGUUCGCAGAGCCAUACAAAAAUUAGCUGGCGGUCGUAAGCAUGCUUGGUUCUUAGAUUCGUGGACCUCGAAAGAUACUCAAAGGGAGGGCAGUUUAGAUUAUGAGGAUGCCAAGGAUUUGCCCAUUGAAUUAAGACGUUUGGAGGACUUCGAGGACCUUGCCGAUCCGCCGCUGUCAGCAGGUUUGAAAUCACGUAGCCUUGGCAGCAUUUUAAAUCCGCCACCACGUCAAAUCGUCCGCUCUCGUUCAAGCGUACCAAGUCUUGGAGGUCCCGUUGCACCGCUCGAAAAAAAUAAUUCGGCCAUCUCCCAUGCUGCUACUACUAAUAACAAUAAUAGCCUUAAACUAUCAACUUCAAGUAUCCAUUCUAAUGGAACAUUUCCCAGAGAUUAUGUAAUCGAUUCACCCGUUCAGCAAACGACCGCAAUUAAUACAACAUCUAUAACAACUUCAACCACCUUAGUAACGAAUCGCCGUCCCAAACUCAUUAAACAGAAACAAUCUCUUUGUGAUGAGGACUUUCAACUGCCAGACGUUCCAUUUCACAUGUUAAGCAAUUACAACAGCAAGCAGAAUAGCGUAACUAACAGUCUUCAGAGCAAAAACAAUACUAUCGACAUUCAACAAGAGCAACUGCAAACUCCUAAUCACAUUCAGAAUUCAGCAUUGUUCACACGGCAAGUGCGUAAGCAAAGUUCGCUGAACGAAGAGCUCAUGGCUGGUAAUCGGAUACGUGAAAAAGAACGUGUGCGUAAGCGGAUACAAAAGCAACGUUCACUAAACGAAGCAUUUUUGUGUCGUUCGGCUAUGUUCUCUAAAAGGCUACAGGUAAUACGUGAAGGUUUUACGAACAAAAUCAAAAACUCGACGGGUAGUCUGGAACGUGUCACCAAAACCAAUUUCAUCAAAAUUAUGCAGAAUUUAAAAACUUCCUCAAGCGACGAAAUGGCUUCAAAUGGUGUAGAUACCAUAAAAAAACAGGAAAGCGAGAAGCAUCAGCAACAAGUGGCCGCCCAAAUUUGCACUCACGAGCACCAUCAUCACCAUUAUCAUUACCAAGCUUCCCAAGAACAACAACAACAACAACAGCAGCAGCAGCAACAAUAUUUUCCCUUUGUCAGCAACUUUCAAAACCAUCUACACCAUUUACUACAAAAACCGAAUAAUUUCGUUAACAAUGCGUCGGUAAAAAAUUUUGCAGGCCCUGUAACCAUUUGCAAGAAUGUAGAGUGUGCCAGCGCAGGCUGUUAUUGUACAGCUUAUCAUCAAGGUUGCAGCCAGUGCAAUGCAAGCGAGAGUGAGGAAAAAGCAAGACGUCACUCUCGCGAAUCGGGAUCGGACUCCUCCAAAGAUAAUAGUUUGCAAUCGGAUACUAGUAUAGAAUCGGAGGAUAGCUUCGCUUCAGUUAUCUACAUACCCAAGCCAGAGCAACACCAACAGCAACUUAAUUAUCAGAAGCAACAUCAAAAUUCUAAUUCCAGUUCAAGUAAUUCGUCUUCGAGUAACGGAGGAGGAUGCUGUGUUCAUCAGAAUCUUUGUCAAAAUAAGUGCGGCAACUCUAUUGGUCCUAACCAGUGUAACAAAACGGAAAAUGUACCGUCAGUACCAACUUCACCCUUAAUUCUGCCUUGCCCACCAACACCAGCUCAUUCCCCGGCGGCUGCUCAGAUUACUGUAACUUCUCCGCCGCAUUCUGUGACUGCUGUAACAGCAGCUAUGGCAAUACUAACGCCUCCGCCAAAGAAAACUAUAGAAAACCCAAGUUUACCAACUACUCAACCAAUCAGUACGUCACGCUUCAAUUUCGACGAAGCUCACAUCAAAAAGCAGAAUUCCGUUGAACGAGAAAAGUUUAAAAACUUGCAAAACAGUGGAGCAGAGCAAAAACAAAUAAUGGUAAGACCAGUUGCUAGUAAAAUCACUAAAGAAACUAUUAAGGACUUGCCGGUCAUACCCAAAUAUGGUAAACAACCAGCCCUGCAAUUGACUAAACAGGCAUUUCCCAUAGUAAGGCGUUCGUCAGCGUCAGCGGGCGCGGCUAUACCCAACAUACCAAAACUAUUAUCUCUCGAGAUCUACAAUCCGGCGAUCGAUGAUCUCGACAGUGAUUCAAGUGAGCCCUCAUCUCCCGAUUCUGUGGAUAGCGUCAUAAGUGCUCCAAAAUCAAAUACUUUAAGUGCCGCUGCCAGCUUAGACCAAACCAAAGGCAAUAGCCCGCCGGACGAUAAGCCAGAUCAACGAUCAGAUGAAUCUACAGGUAUAGAAAACAAUCAAGAGCUAAAUGGUAACAUCAAAAUAAAUCAGUUGCACUAUCGUAACGGAAAUUUAAAAAUUGAUCCUGUUACUUCCCAUAACAUUAUACUUAACGAUGAUGUUCAGAGCGACAUUUUGCCGAAAAAAUAUGACAAUGAUACGAAAAAGACUGUCGCGCAGCCACAAGAUUGUGCUGAAUUUGCUGAACAAUUAACCGCGCAGCUAAUCCGUAAAUUAGAGAAAAGGGAUAGCGAACGCAACGAAGAUCAUGAUGCAGAUAUUAGCAAAGAGGAUAUUGAUGAUCCGUUUAGUAAUUACCGCAAGAGAUUAAGCGAAAAGGACUUGAUGGCAUUACGAGACGAACUUAGAGAGCGUCGCCUAAUGUUGGCCAACUUAUCAACACAACCCAGUCUAAAUCAAUCGCCUGCGUCUUCCUCUACUUCUUCGCUAUCCUCUCAAACCCGCAGUUUCACAAUACAGGAAGAGGACGAAGACGAUGACGAAGAAGAAAACGAACGUAGCUACUCGCUGCAAUUAUAUGAGAAUUGCAAAAUAUCAAAAUUCAGCUACAAAAGAAAUCAUCACUACAACUUGCAUCCAGAGACCGCUUAUCUAUUGCAAGAUGAAGACUCUUCCACAAGGGAUGACGAUGAAGAAGAAAAUGACCAAAUGGAGCAUAACGUAAUAGUGGAAGAAGACGAAAACGAAACUCAGAACGAGGAAAACUUACAACAAACCGUGGAUAAGUCGCGACAAGACGGAAAUGAAAUUUCCGAAAGGCGUACACCCGAACUCGAAGCAAAUGACUUUGAAUGCACUUCCUUAAAUCUCAAUUCCGAAAGCGUGCACGAUGAGAAUAAAGAAGCUAAGGCAAAUGCUGAUGAAAAAAGUGAAUUGCAAAACAAUCAAUCCACUAAAUCGUGGGAGCAUUCUAAUAGCUCAACCGCAUCCCUCGACAGCCCAUCGCAAGGUGGUGCCACGACCCAUCACCGCUACUACCAUGUAUUUCGUGAAGGUGAAUUGGAUGCUCUAAUAAAUCAUCACAUAGCCAGCUUACACAUAGUAUCAUCUUAUUAUGAGCGGGCCAGCUGGUGUAUUGUCGCCGAAAAAGUACAAGUCUGGACAAUAUGAGUGACUGCACAAUAAUGAACAAGUUUAUAGAGCGCAAUUUUUUUAAAAUGUAAAACAUGUGUUGCCUGCGAACAAUGGAUAAUUUUUUUGCACCACAAGUAGUUCAUUAUUAACGUUCUUUUCCUUAUUACACAAAGCAGAACGAAAUCUGAAAAAACUUACUUUCGAUGAGAGAGUUUCACGAACACAAGAUCGCGGAUUAGUUGCAUAUCGCCCACAUUUUUCGAAAUUUAAAAAAAAGGACAAUAGCGUUAAAAUACGUAAAAUCUUAUUAGUCUUCACCUCAUAAAUAUACUGGAAAUGGCACGCUACAAUCGGGGUAUAAUGUAAAAACGCGUUCGCUUCUUUUCAAGAAAAAAUGCGAAUUCGAACUUGUUGUUCACAUGAAAAUUCCAAAAUAAGCGGAACAUAUUUGUGGUAUUUUUGCGUGAAUGGAACGGUGGACAGUGGAAUCUAUUCUUAGAGGAUCGUUUCCGAUUACGGAAUAUAUCAAAUUUCGAAUAAUUCAUAUUUUACGUCACUUGGCCUCGUUAAUGUUUCAAACCGAUGCAGCAGCGCAGCUCAUGUAACUUACGAAGUCGAUUAGACUCAUGUAUUUAAUUUAUAUGUCAUUUCCGAUUACUAACUGAUAUCGGGAAUAUCGGUUCCCAAACUAGCUGCACAUUAUCAUUAUUUACUCAUCAUGGCUAUGAUCUGAUAGCCAACUUUCUCGUAUUAAAUAUGGAAAUUUUAUUCUAAAUAAUUCAUGUUAAAAUUGCGAAAUUUUUUCAUCCAAAUAUAAUUCCGUUUGCUAAAAUUCCUUGUC